UCAUCUUGGUACCGCUAUUCAUUUUGCCGUUGUUCUAACAUAGGCCUAUGUAUUACAUAGGGUCAUAAUGCUUUUGUCAGGGAUAAACUGGAAAUAGUUUUAUCAAUGUCUACCAGUGGUGUACACUUUGAAUUUCAAUUUCAGAGCCAAGGGACGUGGUUUGUGUGCGGGGCUUACGAGCUGCUCACCUGCUACCCAAGCUACCUGAGAUGUUGCUACCGCGUCUUCCUUCUCUACCGAGCCAUGACAAGAGAACUCGCCAUAGCGAGAGGCACCCAGAGUUCCCCGAGGGUGCUGAUAUGCCCCCCAAUCCGAGCAAAGGCGGUGUGAGCGCGGUCAGAAGGGCUGAAUGUCACGACCAGAUCCGUGUCCUGCUGGACGAACACAUCCGCGCAGUUUCGGCGCUCAUUCACCGACUCAACAAGGAUAUUCAGGGUGUCCAGCAGCAGAUGCGGGCUCAGGAUGAGGUGACCCACAGGACCCAAACCAGCGUCCGUAAAAUGGAGGUGCAGCAGCUGGCGGUGCUGAGCGACCUCAGGGCCAGAGUGGGGAGGUGUGAUGACAGCAUUGCCAGGCUGGCUGCUGAUUACCGCAGCACCAAUGAGAGAAUCUACAAGCUGAUUCGCCAGCACCAUGGAGCACAAACACUCAUGGAGUCCAAACUCAGAGAUCUGGAAACACAGGUCCGUUUGCAAUGCAGCAAAGCAGUGCAAGGACGCGCCCUAGACCAGACCAGCACAUCAUCAAGCAGCACACUGGACACAAAACUAGCAGCUCUCUCUGAGCAGCUGAGGGCGCAGGUGGCUGCAGGCCAGAGUGCUGUGUGGGAGCAGGAGUGUGUGCUGAGAGAUGCUGUGGACAAGAUGGAGCGGCUGUGCCAGAGCAUCAGCAACAAAACCAGCAGCGACGAGAGGGCCGCGGUGGAGAGAUGCGUCCAGCUGUCGGACAGGCUGACCAGGCUGGAGCAGUCCCAGAGGGGGCGGGCCCUGCCACACCCCGACUGCAGCCUGGAGGAGUUGAUUGACAGCCGCAUCAGCAAACUGCAGAAGCAACUCUGGAGGGAACUGCAGGAAAUUAAAGCAGAGACCAACAAUGGAUUUGCCAUCGUCCAUGACAGCCUGGGCUCUCUGAGGAAGAUCCUGGAAGCCAAGAUGAAGAUGGAGAGAGAUCGGAUCCUGAAGCGUCUUAGGGGACCGGGAAGGUCGUCUGAAGGUCGACUCUCACACCAUUUCAUCCAGGCCAGCAGUGGAGAAGAUGGAGACCCUCAUAGCGACCACUCUCCACCCGACGUCUCAGAACGAGCAUUCAGCGCAGAAUGA